AUGAAAAGGAAAAGCACGAAAAGCGUAAAUCGUGUUAGCAAUAUUGAACGUGUUGUAAAUAAUCAGGGGGAGGGGAACGGCAUAGAAUUUGAAGGCACAAAAUCGAAGGGUAAUUUACUCCAUAAAGAAGAUGCAAAAUUAAAUUUGAACAACGCCAACGACGCGAGCUUAUUUAGAGGCAGUUACACCAAAGACCCUUCGAACAUUGGCUUUAGGAAGAAGAACCUGAAUCUGCUUUUUUAUGCAGAGGAGGAAAGGAAUUCACUCGACAAUACUGACAGGGGGGAUGUCAAUAUACCGACUAACAGUGAGCAGGAAAAUUGUUCGCAAAGUGUUCAGAAAAGAGGUCUCAAUGAUGUAUUAAGCGAACAGUGCACAGACUCAAAUGGCAACGCAGUAAGUGCGGUGAGCGCAGGCAUUGCUGAUGAGGACGAUGGAAACUUCAUUCAUGUAGGAAUCGGCGCGAGGUUCAGAGAGGAGGACGACGAUGCCAGUGAUCAGUGUGCGAGUGAUGGUGGUGUUCGGAAGAUGGAGUGGCCCUGCAACAUCAGGGGGGUAAGCAACAACGGGGUCAUCGACCAGAUCAGCGAUAAAACAUGCCACGAGACCAUAGACUUGUCCAACAGCUGGGACAAUGCCCCCAACAAUGGAUACACCUCAGGCAGAAGCCGCGGAGACAAUACCGGCAAUGGUGAUGACAUGGUACGGAUUAAUUCUGCAAAUAGUGAAAAUGACAACCUCGAAAUUGAACGAAGGGAAGCCACGAUAGGUAGCAAAGCGGACGCACUUGAUGGAGUGGAAUGUAACGAACUGCAGGACUUGGUAGGGGAAAACACGAGAAACGUUAUUAAGGUUAUGUACACGGAGCGAGUGGAAAAGUGUGACCCUGAAAAAAGAACACAGAAAGAGGAAUCAAGUGAGGUGAAAAGGGAGAACAUUUCCGUUAAUCACAAUUUUGACGAGGCGAAGAAGGAGAAUGGGGUGGCAAAAUGGGUAAACUUAAAUUAUGGGUUUGACAAAUCCCCAACCUUUAAAGAACAAAUGGAGCAGCUGAAAUUUCUAAAAGAAAUAUAUGAGAGGGAAAAGGUGGACAAAGGAAAUGGAAGCGACGCAAAAGUGAACCCAAAUUUCAAAGUUACGACCACUUCGGGGAAUCGGAAAUUGCCAGUGAGGAGAAAUGCUAAUCUAAAUUGUCACAACAGAAAGAACACUAAUUUUAACAGAGAAGACAAGGUGAAAACUUUUACCAGUGCAUUAUCUCAUUUGAUAAAGAACAACAUGGAGGAGGAACAAAAGGAGGAUGAUCAUCUGUUUAGGACAUUGGCCCCACCGGGUCGGACAUCCUAUGAACCCAUUUCUGCAGCUCCGGAUAGUUUCUCAGCAGAAGAGAAGGUAAAUAAAAUAAACAUAACGUACAGCCAUCACCAGGAUGAGCACAACGAGGAAGGUCUUAUGGAAGAUCACUCUAUCACGAAGGGGAACUGUGGCGAAGGUGUUGUCACCUCUAAGUGUUCAAGCGACAAAGGGAAGGAUAACCAAUAUAUGUCUUAUACACAGCACGACGAUCCUAACUCGAACUAUUCGUUUAAUGGGAAGAUAAAUAUUUCACGGGGAGGUGAAAAUGGUGAAGAAAUUAAUAUCCCACGGACAUGCCCCGAAGGAGUUACUUUUGCAGAAGGGAAUUCACUUUUUGAAGACUCCAAAGUGACAUAUGUGGAACCACCUCAAGGGAGUGAGAAGGGCAUUUCUAUACAGAGCAAAGGUUUAUUACAUAAAAAUAGAUGCGAGAAAUUUAAUCCCGAUUUGAUUCACUAUGUUGGUAGGAAAGAAGUGCACAGCGUGUGGUCAGGUAGAAACUUAUCCAAGGGGAAAAAUAAAUCUAACAAGGAAUUACACCUGAAGGGGUCCAUAAAAGGGAGCGUAUGUGAGAACGAUUGGAGUAGACUUCGAAGAAGGAACACCGGCGAGAAGAUGGAAAAGUAUUCAAUCCAUGUGUCUGAUUAUUUUUCAAAUCGGAAUGAUGACUAUACCAGGUACAUGAUUAGUGAAGAAGGUUCGCAGAAAGUUUUGGCUAGUGAUGACUCCCCACUUAUUUCCCGAGGUAACGACGACAAAUAUAACGAAGAUAGUUCUCAUAGCAGAAAGAGUAAUGAUACAAAACUGUUAAGGCAGAUGGAGAAUCAAUUCUCGGAGCGGGAAGAGAUACCCCCCGAGAAUGAACACAUCAAAGAAGACAUCCUUGAAAUCGAAGAACGAUCGUGGAAUUUUCCACAGUUAGGAGAGUUACAUAACGAUGUGACAUCUACAUAUACUGUACACAGUACUUUGAAUAGGAAAAGUAACGAAGAAGAAAAUAUUAUAGGGGGAAAAAAAGCUAGUCGUGGUGCUAAUAAUCCAUAUUGCAAUAGUACCCUUUUUUGCUGCCCCGUGAAGGAAGUCACCAAGGCUGCUCCGAAAUAUUCUAGAGCCACUACUCUGAUGAAUAAAUUAUUUAGAAGAGAAAAGAAGAGUCCAGAACAUGUAGAGAUAGGGGAAAGCGAUUUUAUAUGCGUUAAUAAGGUAUCGAAAGAAAAUUUGGAGGAAAUACAGAAGGACUCGUUAUUGCGUAAAUGCUCCAUUACUUUUAAGGAAGACAAAUCUAAUUUAUUUGAGGUGCCCACUGGGAAAAAGGGAGGAAGAACAUUCUCGUACGUGUCAAAUGGAAGGAAUGGGUCGAGAAGGUUGUGCAAAAAUUAUCCGAACAUUCCCUAUGAACUGUUGAAGAGGGAGAAAAAAAAUGGUACACAAUUGUAUAAGGCACAGAGAAACUUACCUACAUACGGUGAUUGGAGAAAAUACACUAAGGGGGAAAGCACUAAGAUGAAUAAGGCAGCUCCUGCGGAUAUUCAUUACCCUAAGUGUGAGAUUAUAUGCAAAAUUCCGAGGAGGGCCUUCACUACUUAUUUUCAAGACAGGGAUUGUUGA